GGAGGUUAGUUCACCAGUGGAGCAAGUAAAUAGACAGUGUGUGAGGGAGGAAAGGCAGGUGAUGGAGAAGGGAUGCGCUCAGCCCGAAGAUGUAGGGGAGAAGAAAGAAAAGGAUAAUAAAUUUGAAUGCAUUGUUAGGGAUGGAAAGAGAGGAGGAGAUGGAGAGAAUCUUAAAUGUAUCUAUUUUAAUGCUAGGAGCAUUGUAAGAAAGGUGGAUGAGCUUAAAGCGUGGAUUGAUACCUGGAAUUAUGAUGUUGUAGCUAUUAGUGAAACAUGGUUGCAGGAAGGGUGUGAUUGGCAACUAAAUAUUCCUGGAUUUAGUUGCUUCAGGUGUGAUAGAGUAGGAGGGGCCAGAGGAGGAGGUGUUGCAUUGCUUGUCCGAGAAAAUCUUAUGGCGGUGCUUUGGAAGGAUAGAUUAGAGAGCUCCUCUAGGGAGGCCAUUUGGGUGGAAUUGAAGAAUGGGAAAGGUGCAGUAACACUGAUAGGAGUGUAUUAUAGGCCACCUAAUGGGGCGCGUGAGUUGGAAGAGCAAAUGUGUAAGGAGAUAGCAGAUAUUUGUAGUAAACACAAGGUGGUGAUUGUGGGAGAUUUUAAUUUUCCACACGUAGACUGGGAAGCUCAUUCUGUAAAAGGGCUGGAUGGUUUAGAGUUUGUGAAAUGUGUGCAGGAUAGUUUUUUGCAACAAUACAUAGAAGUACCGACUAGAGAUGGGGCAGUGUUGGAUCUCCUGUUAGGGAAUGCGAUAGGUCAGCUGACAGAUGUAUGUGUUGGGGAGCACUUCGGGUCCAGUGAUCACAAUAGCAUUAGCUUCAAUAUAAUUAUGGAGAAGGACAGGACAGGACCUAGAGUUGAGAUUUUUGAUUGGAGAAAGGCUAACUUUGAGGGGAUGCGAAGGGAUUUAGAGAGAGUGGAUUGGGUCAAGUUGUUUUAUGGGAAGGAUGUAAUAGAGAAAUGGAGGUCAUUUAAGGGUGAAAUUAUGAGGGUACAGAAUCUUUAUGUUCCUGUUAGGGUGAAAGGAAAGGUUAAAGGUUUUAGAGCACCAUGGUUUUCAAGGGAUAUUAGAAAUUUGGUUCAGAAAAAGAGGGAUGUCUACAAUAGAUAUAGGCAGCAUGGAGUAAAGGAAUUGCUCGAGGAAUAUAAAGAAUGUAAAAGGAAUCUUAAGAAAGAGAUUAGAAAAGCUAAAAGAAGAUAUGAGAUGCGAAGGGAUUUAGAGAGAGUGGAUUGGGUCAAGUUGUUUUAUGGGAAGGAUGUAAUAGAGAAAUGGAGGUCAUUUAAGGGUGAAAUUAUGAGGGUACAGAAUCUUUAUGUUCCUGUUAGGUUGAAAGGAAAGGUUAAAGAUUUGAAAGCACCAUGGUUUUCAAGGGAUAUUAGAAAUUUGGUUCGGAAAAAGAGGGAUGUCUACAAUAGAUAUAGGCAGCAUGGAGUAAAGGAAUUGCUCGAGGAAUAUAAAGAAUGUAAAAGGAAUCUUAAGAAAGAGAUUAGAAAAGCUAAAAGAAGAUAUGAGAAAUUUGGUUCAGAAAAAGAGGGAUGUCUACAAUAGAUAUAGGCAGCAUGGAGUAAAGGAAUUGCUCGAGGAACAUAAAGAAUGUAAAAGGAAUCUUAAGAAAGAGAUUAGAAAAGCUAAAAGAAGAUACGAGGUUGGUUUGGCAAAUAAGGUGAAAGUAAAUCCAAAAGUCUACAGUUAUAUUAAAAGCAAGAGGAUAGUGAGGGAUAAAAUUGGCCCCUUAGAGAAUCAGAGUGGUCAGCUAUGUGUGGAACCGAAGGAGAUGGGAGAGAUUUUGAAUGAUUUCUUCUCUUCGGUAUUCACUAAGGAGAAGGAUAUUGAAUUGUCUAAGGUGUGGGAAACAAGUAAGGAAGUUAUGGAACCUAUGACAAUUAAAGAGGUGGAGGUACUGGCGCUUUUAAGAAAUUUAAAAGUGGAUAAAUCUCCGGGUCCUGACAGGAUAUUCCCCAGGACCUUGAGGGAAGUUUGUGUAGAAAUAGCAGGAGCUCUGACGGAGAUCUUUAAUAUGUCAUUAGAAACGGGGAUUGUGCCGGAGGAUUGGCGUAUUGCUCAUGUGGUUCCAUUGUUUAAAAAGGGUUCUAGAAGGAAGCCUAGCAAUUAUAGACCUGUCAGUUUGACAUCAGUGGUGGGUAAAUUAAUGGAAAGUAUUCUUAGAGAUAGUAUUUAUA